GAAAACUCGCUUGAAGAAGUUAAUUUAGAAGUCAUUCAGACGCGUAUUACACACUCAGAACCAAAACAAAUAAGUCAAAGCCACUUUCAACUUUCGAAAAAAGUUCAAAAAGAUUAAAUAAAAUCUAUUCCAUAUUUGUUGUUCGGAGUAUGAGCGUAAGCUAUUCGGUAAACUGUUGUACAAUACCGUUGUGAACGAACAAGUUUUGAAAAAUUAAGUUGGGUGGUUAUUUAUAAUCCAUUACUACUAAGUAGCCAAUUGCUUGUCCGGACAAUGCAGUCCUAUUUAUGUGGACAGGUGAAAUGGAUAGGCACGUGGGAAGUGGGCGAUGAUGGCGUAGUGGGAGGAAAAGUUGAAACAGAACAGCAGCUGACAAGGAGGGUGAGAGAGGCGAAGAAGAAUUACGUGUUGCAGAGCAGAGCCCACAAAAUACACUCUUUGAGUGAACAGAUUUACGAUGCCACCCAGAUGCCAAGCAGGCUCCGACUGGACAAAAAAGAACAGCACGAAGAACCAGAGCCCGAGAGACCUGAGAAAUUAGAGCGCGCACUUGAGAUGCGGAGGAAGAGUUCAAUUCUAUCUGUAGCUUCGAUGCCAGAUAUGGGCAGGAGGGUAUCCAGGGACGUACAGAAGUACCUGGAAGGUAGACGCUUCUCUCUUCAGUCGAGUCUAACACGUAGGAGGCAGUUGCUGGAGCUAGAAAAUGGGGUGAUGACUCAAAGAGGUGGAGGAACGCCACCUAAACAAACAAAUUGUCUGACUCAGCCUAACAUGCGACGGUCAGCGACCAAACUCGGAAUGUCGAUUCAGGAGCAGUCUAAACAGAGGCUGCGACGAAUGAGCUCUAGUCACGAGAUACCGACCCCUUCCCCCCGUCCCAAUCUGAUGAACAGGGACAGGGUAGACUUGUUAGCUUGUCCAAGGGAGACGCUGGUGUUGAAUGUGAAUGAUGGAGCUGAGUUUUGUCGCUUCACCAAAAGUACCUUGUCACGUGAUCGCCUCAAAAAUAUUGACCGGAACCACUUCAUGGCCACGUAUAACUUCUCGCUUGACGACUACGAUGAGAAAAUGGCGAUGGUUGACCCCAAACACAACAGGAUAAGACGGAAGACUGCCUCCAAUGAAGUGUCUUCAGAAAAUAGAAAAGCGAGGGAAGGAGUUGGAUCCAAGAAGGACGACGAAGACUUCGGUCCAGGAAAAAGAAGGGGUAGAUUGAUAGAAGGUCUUCGGACUUUAGAAGAAGCAGAGUACGGAUAUAACAUUGCGAAAUGUCACCUCUGGCUUGCUCAACUGGAGGGCAAAGGAGAACUCAAAGGUCAAGGUCAAACCGAAACCGAAGGUGCUACAGGCAGUAUUGCUUCAGACCAAGAAAGGACAAAUUAGUACCGUCUACACUAAAAACUGCAAAUUAGAAAUUCGUUUUCAAAUCAAUACUCAGCUUAAUUAGCUUCAUUCGCGUCGAACUUAAUUCGUUAAGAUAAAUUGUAGGAACAGAAACAAUCGAACGCAUUUGGGUUUCAGUUGACUGCCCUAUAGCACG